CAUUAAACAAAGGAUCAACGCCAAAAGAUGCGAUUUUCAAAACGAGGCUUGAGAUAUAGUAGAAUCGCGUCAUUAACGGAUCGAGUAGAUUGAGAAAAAGUGACACGAAACGAAAAUACAUCGAAUUUCAGGUAACCAUACUAAAUAUCCGAGCAUUUCGUCCGCUCGCAGAUCCCUUUUUUUUCUUUCGUAAAAAGUUACGUGUCGUUUGCGUUGUGUCGGAUGUGUACGUUGUAUAUAGCCGCACAAUAAAGGGUCGACAGCAAGGACAAAAUUGUUUCGAUGAUUAGCGCGCGAUUACCGGUGGUGAAAGCGAUUGGGAGGGAAGAAAAGAGAGGUUCGAUGAAGUGGAACGCGCUCGCGAGCUGUUUAGAAGACGAAAAAUAGCGAUCGAGAUACGGACAUUGGAAUGCGUCGUUCUGGACGAACUGGGAUCGACAUACGUACACGAGGCUGCAUCGAAUUGCAAGCUUCGAAAUUUCUCACCAACUCGAAUCGAGAUGAGAAGAGUUUGAACGGAAGCCGAAAAAACGAGAAAGAAGGUUGGCACGUAUAAGGAAAAAGCAAUUCGACCUAAAAAUGUUGCCAGAACGAGUCAACAUGACCCAACACACGCAACUAUCCUCUGAACUUAUCAUUUUUGUCACUCAUGUAGAGCCCAAUGAUAUAUAUUUAAAGAUCUGGGGCCAAGUGGAUAAGCAAGCUGCUACUGCUGUAGAACAUUAUAUAGGUCCACUAACAGAACAGUUCAAUCAAGGGUAUGGUUGUCCUUCCAAAGGCAGUAGACUGAUCAGUGGUACUUUGUGCUGUGCCAGAUUUCAGUCUGAUGGUUAUUUUCGAGCGAAGAUACUCAGUGUGCGUCCUGAUGGAAUGAUUGUUGUACAAUUUAUUGACUAUGGCAAUGUGGAAAUUCUACCACCAACCGAAAUUCAUUUAUUAGACAAUAUACAUGGAUCAGAACCUCUGCGAGCUUAUCCAGCAAUGGCAGCAGAGUUUACACUGAUCAAUAUAUUGCCUGUAAAUGGUAUUUGGGAGAACAGGACGAUCGAGAGAAUUAAAAAGAUUUUAUGUUACAACGAAUAUAGAGCCUUAGUUCAGAUGAUGCAUAAUCAUUGUCUGAUAAAACUGUGGUACAACAAUGGAGAUUUCAGUGAACUAUUGGUAAAGGAACAUAUGGCUUUGCCAGCCACUUUGCAAGAUAUGUUCAGACCAAAACAUACGCUGCAACCUCGAAUGCUUCAGCCACUUCAAAUGCCAGUAUAUCAGCAACAAAAUAAAGGCAAUAUGAAUAACUUUGCACCAAUGCCAAUGAUGCAGAAUCUAAAUAUGAAUCAUAAUGUCAAUAUGCAAGGAUUGUAUCAUAAAACUUUUUCUCCUGACAUAAAUCAACACAAGCAUGUUGCUCAUUCGAUGUCACAGCAUCCACUGCCUCCACCAAUUCAAGAAGCACUCGUGUUUAAAUCGCGAGUAUUAGACGUUGGUUCGGAUCAUGAAGUGCUUAUAUCACAUGUGGAAGAUGGUCCACAAAAAUUUUCUGUGCAGAUUGAAAGCAUGAGAGCUGUACUGACUCGUCUUAUGAGUGAAAUAAACAGCCGUCCAAAGCAACCAUUGCAGGAACCACCAUUGCCAGGAUCGGUUUGCUUAGGACGUCACAAGGACAGUGGAGAUGGGGUAUUAUGUCGGGCAGUUGUAAUGUCUGUGAUGGAGCACAAGUGUAAAUUAUAUAGUGAUUUCGGCCAUACAGAAGUUUUGCCAUAUUAUAGUGAAAAUAAAGAUAGGUAUGAUAAAAAGGAUUCUUGGAAUCAUAGCCAAAACGCCAAAUCUUUCCAAGAUAAUAAAUCAAAUGCUUGGAAAAAUGAAUGGUCUCCAGAAAAACAUGAUAAUAGACGCGAGAAGACUAGUGGUUACUUUCAUCGUGACGGUUUGCAAAACGAUCGAUUCAAUAAAGACAAAGCAAAUAAUAGAUUUAACAGAGAUAAAUCGUAUAAUAAAUACGAUGAAAAUGAUGUAAAUACAUAUAACAGAAAUAGUAGAGGAACUCGAGAUGGUGGAAGUAAAUUUACAGGCAAUGAACGACGAUAUAAUCGUAACAAUGCUAAUGAUACAGUAUGUAGCGACAAGGAUUCUGAUACUUCAUCUAAAGGUAAUGAUAGACGAGGGAAAUUUGGUUUUAAACGUAAUAGUUUUAACAAUGAACGAGGGGGAAACUACGAUGGUGGAGCUUCAAGUAAAUCGCACGCUACAAAUUGGGAUGGCAAGAAACCAGCAUGGAGGACUAAUAGAAAUGAGAGAUUUAAUGGUGACUAUAACAUGAAUAACAAUAAGUUUAGAAAUAAAAUAGAUAAUACAAACAAUUUUUCACAUGAUCAGAUAAUCGCUGAAUCAUGGGAUACAAAUGAUGUUAAUAAAGAGCAAAACAGUGUUGACAAGAAAUCCCAACUUUCAUUGAAAAAUAUUGACAUUGCUCUUACAUCUGUAAAGAAUUGCGAAGUGGUAUUCAUAAAUAAUCCAUCGGACUUUUUCAUUCAAUUAACUCCUGAUUGCUUGGAAUUAAAUCCUAUUAUGGAAAGCAUUGCUACAACUUAUGAAAUGGGUGGAGAAACGAUGCAAACUUCCGAGAUACAAAGCGGCACGUAUUGUAUUGCUCAAUACUCGGAAGAUCUCAAGUGGUAUAGAGCGGUAAUCAAGUCUGUAGAAGAGAACAGCGCGACUGUAGAAUUCGUCGAUUAUGGAAAUACAGAAUCAGUUGAUUUUACAAAUAUUAAAGUGAUUCUAGAGGAAUUUCUAAAACUGCCAAUGCAAGCAGUACAUUGUAAACUGCUUGGGUUGGCAAAUAUAGAUAACCAGGAAAACCAACUUGAAAUCUUUUCGGAAAAGGCCGAAGGAAAAUCCUUACAAGUGGAAUUUGUUGCCGAAGAAAACGGGAUAUAUGAAGUAUUGCUGUGUGAAGUUGUUGAUAGUGUACCAAACACUAAUUAUAUAAAUGAAGAGUUCUGCGCAAUUGCAGAUUUGAUAAAUGCUAAACAAACGGCGGCGAGUAAAAAAGCGCCCGAGACAUUUGUGACAGAGACGAAAAUUGUAGAUUACGCUCCUCUUGAUUCAAAAUGGCAAACUAUUUCAUGUGAAUCUGAAUCUAAACAAAAUGUAAUUAUUACAUGGUUUAUAAAUCCGAAUAAAUUUUUUUGUCAACUACUGUCUAAAGAAGCUGAAUUUUCUGCAAUGAUGAGCGAAAUUCAAAAAAUAUAUGCCAAUAGAGAAUCUGUAUCACAAGAAUUACAGAUCGGUUCAACAAUUAUAGCUAAGUUCUCUGAAGAUGGAGCUCUUUAUCGAGCAGAAGUUGUAAGCAAUUAUGCAAAGGAUGCAUACGUAGUUCAGUACAUAGAUUUCGGAAACUGUGCAAUUGUGUAUCGAGAUAAUAUCUAUCCUGUCGAAAAAAAAUUCAUGCAAUUGCCCAAAUUGGCAGUACAAUGUUCCUUAAAAGAUAUUGUACCUAAUAAUAAUAAUUUGAGUUGGUCCGAGGUGGACAAUAACGCACUCGAUAAUUGCUUCAAUGCUGAUAAAUACGAAUGCAUAUUUCAUAGUUUGAAUGACAAUCAAUAUAUAAUUUCAUUAAACUGUAAUGGACAAGAUGUUAAUAAUAUGUUGAUAGAGCGAAAUCUUGCAACUAUCGCUACAAAAACUUCAGUUGAGACAAUCGAUGAAACAUCUAAUACAGAAGUACAAGCAUUCAAUAAUAUAGAAAGAGUGGACAUAAGCCUUUUGAGUGGUCAAACUCUUAAAAUGAGAAUUUCUGAUGUAAAAAGCACUAGUCAGUUUUAUGUUCAAUUACCAUCAGCCUCAAGAUGUGAAAAUAUUGUCGACCAAUACAUGACUGAUAAAAAUCCAAAGGUGAUGCCGCGAUUAUCAACCCGCGAGUUAUGUCUUGGUGCGGGUUGUUUAGUCAGCAUACAUGGCGUAUGGAAGCGAGCUGUAGUGAUUAACUGUACACGAUCCAUCGGGUUUGACAUAAAACUCAUUGAUACUGGCACAUAUGAUGAAAUCCUGAAUGACGCUUUAGCUUUACCUGGAGAGCUCGCAGUUAUGCAGAACCAAGCGUUAGAAUGUUCUCUGCAAAAUACAUCAUCUAUUGACGCAGAUAAACGAUUGAAAGAGUUUGAAGGAAAAGAAAUAUUAGUCUAUGUGGAAGAAGUCAAUAAUAGCAGACUUAUCGUAAAACUAUACGAUUUAGUUGGCAAUGGAAUAAUGAACAUCGAGGAGAAGAUAUUACCUAUAUGUCCAAUGCCUAUUCUAAGUUCGACUCACGAAGUAAUUCCGACAUAUGCCGAUCAUUCUACCAAUAUUUGGUUGCGACGUAAUUCAGAUGCGGAGCUCGAAACUAAAUUGUUGGAGGAUCUUCAACAAUAUUACACUAAUUCUGGACAGAAACUUAAACCCGAAGAGCAUUUAUUAUGCGCGGCCAAGUCUACAUAUGACGGUCAAUGGUAUAGAGCGAAAAUUAUUAGCUAUACCGAAACGACGGUUUAUGUGAGUUACAUUGAUUAUGGCAACGAUGAGGAUAUUCCCCUAGAAUCUAUCAUGAUUUUAGAACCACAGUUUUAUGAACCUUAUCAGUUAGCUGUAAAGGUAUCAUUAUCCGUAUCAUUCAUUGGCACUGAAGCUGAACAGAUAAACAUAUUACAAACUUAUUUGAAGAUUAAAACUUUCACGGCUGUAUUUUACAAUGUACGCAAGAAGUGGAUUGUCGAUCUAAUCGAAAAUGGAGAAAAACUCAGCGAUAAAUUGCGGUCGUUGAAUCUAGUGAAAACUGAACAAACCGAAUCCGAGCCAUUACCUCAAAUAGGCGAAACAUCAAUUCCUGACAGAUUUGACGUGUGCGUAUCUCAUGUGGAUUCUCCAAGUCAGUUUUGGUUGCAGUAUACGGACAAGAUUGCGUCUCUGAAUGAAAAACAAGAGCAAUUACAACUAGAAGUUCCUAAUUUCUCGAUGAUAGACGGUAUACCAGAAGAAGGCACUUUGUGCAUUGCCAGUUACUCGAUUGAUAAUCUAUGGUACCGCGCAGAAGUAUUGGAUGCGGAUGAGGACAUAACGACUAUCCGAUUUAUAGACUAUGGCAAUACCGAUGUCAUUGAUAACAAAACGAGUAGCAUUCGACAGAUACCGGAUACUUGGAAGAAUCUAGAAACCUUCGCCUUGAAAUGUAGACUCGAUAUUAUUCCUGUAGAUACGGAGGAUUGGAGCGAAUCGACGUGCGAAAGAUUCAGGAACUUAGUAAUGUCAGCAGAAACCCUUCAGGCUCUGAUUGUAGCGGAUACCAUGCCUAAACGUGUAGAGUUGUUUAUAGACAACAAAAGUGUCAGCGAAACAUUAGUCGAAGAAAAACAUGCCAUCAUAAUUAACACCGAGCAAGAGCCUGUUGACGAAAUAGUUGAUCUUGAACUGGAUCCGCAUUCCGCUUUUGUCUGUCAUGUUAACUCGCCAAGCGAGUUUUGGGUCCAAGAAGAGAAAUCUGUUGCUGAUUUGGAGGUAAUGGCAGACAGAUUUAUGGUUGCCGAUAUGUUCCCCAAAAUCGAUGAUAUAAAAGAAGGUUUGCUAUGCGUUGCCAAAUAUCCUGAGGAUGAACAAUGGUAUAGAGCGCGUGUUGUUUCUCAUGAUGAGAAUGGCACACAAGUCAUAUACAUCGACUAUGGAAAUUCCGCAGUAUCCACUGAGAUUCGUACCAUUCCGAAAGAUCUGGCAAGUAUACCACCUUUGUCGCGAAAAUGCUGCUUGGAAUUACCGUCGCAAAUCAAAGAAUGGUCUGAACAAGCACGUGAGGAAUUCGUCAAACUGGCUGCAGACGGUGCGACAAUUUUCCUCCUAGAUGUUUUGAAAGAACAAGAGACAUCGUUGGUUAAACUAACAUUAGACGGCCAAAAUGUAGCCGAUAUUCUUGGAGAUAUGUGCGAACAACAAGCACCAGUUAUUGAUGAAAGAUUGCCACCACUCGGUGAAGAGAAUUCACCGAACGUGAUGAUCAGCCACAUCAAUAGUCCAAGCGAGUUCUGGAUUCAAGCUGAGAGUAGUAUAAGUGAAUUAGAAGUGAUGUCGGAUCGUCUACGAGAUGCAGAGAGUUUUCUCACAUUGAACAACCUUGAUAUAGGUACGAUCUGCGCUGCUCGAUAUCCUGAAGAUGGUUUUUGGUAUAGAUCAAAGAUAGUUGCAUAUUGUGAAAAAGGUACGGAAGUUUUAUAUAUGGAUUACGGCAAUUCUGCGGUUACAGAAGAAUUAAGAAUGUUGCCGGAAGAUAUUGUGAAUAUUCCUACUUUGUCGAAACGAUGCGUGCUGGAAAAACCGAAUAAUAUCAUUGCAUGGAGCGAGGAAGCUUGUGACAAGUUCAGAGAACUCGCCGCCGAUGGAGCUACGAUGUUCCAGUUUGAAACUCUCGAUGAAAACGACCCGAUGCAUGUACGAUUGAGUCUGAACGGUACGAACGUUAUUGAUCUUUUAUCAACUGACUACAAAAAUAUUCCAGAAGUUGAUGAAGUAACCAAAACCGAAGAAAUGAAGACCGCUACUUUAAUUAACGAACAGGAACCAAUAUUUAAUCAAACAGAUAAUUUGGAAUAUGUUAAUAAAAUGGAGAAGCUUGACAUUAAUGAGGCGUUAAAGGAAUCGGUUAAAAAUUCUGAUAUGAAUGAGAAAUGCGAACAUAGUGAAAAACAACAAAGCGCAACAAGUAACGAUUCUGAAUUUGUAGCAACUGAAUAUAUAUCAAAAAUAAUAGACAAUAUCAAUAUGACUGAAAUAGAUCAAGAUCCGAAUAUUAUUACAGACCAAAUCGUUUCCUUAAGCGCAAGUACUUCUGUUACAUCAUCCCCUAAAGCUUUUUCAUCUACUGUAAAAGAACUUAGCGUUGACGAAAUAAUUGAGAAUAUGAUACGAAACGCCACUGAUGAUUUAGAAUCGCAAAAAGUCGGUAAUGAAAAUAUAUUAAAUGUAAAAAUGCAACAGAAUGUCACUCAAAUGAAAAUCGUCGAUAGAAAUGAGCAGCAGAAAUUACUUUCACAAAUACAGUCUAUAGAUAUAAAUAAAUCUUUAGAUACACAGAUUUUAGAAACGAUAAAUACAAGAAGAGACAUUGAGGAUUUAGAAUCGAAACAAAUUGUAACUGUAACGAAUGAAUCGCAGGAUGUCACGCAACUUGAUACUAGUCAAGUUAAAGAAGAGGAAAAAGACAUGCACGUUGAGAUGGAAUCUGAUAUAAACAAGUCUUCAAAAUCUGAAAUUUUAAAAACGCGUUUGCCAGAAGAGCAGAUAAAGCUCAAGCAGAUUAAAAAGCAACGUCCAACGAAGAAUGGGACUAUGCCUAAAAGUACGGACAAUAAUGGUAUAGAAACUCAAUCUGAUAAUACAGACUUGAGUAAUGAUUCUUCCUCGGGAUUAACUUGUAUUGUAAAAACGACAGAAUCGUCAUCGCUCAAGACUGAUUCAGUUGAACGAUGUAGUUACUCAGAAAAGCAGGACAAAGAAUACGUCUCUGAAGACAAGCCAUCUGAAUCGGAAAUGAAACGUCCUGUGACACCAAAGACGUCACAUUCAGAGAAAAUCGUGGCAGCUGUCGUAAAUCCGUAUGUACAGUCAGUCCUCGAUAAUACAAGCGAGAAUGACGAGAUACUUAAUAUCUCUAUAGAGGACAACAUUCCUAAAUAUAUGGUAUAGUUUUAUAACUCAAUGGAUAUCACGUGUUGUAAAUUUAUAUAUAGAAUAUUAUGUAUAUAUAUAUAAAUUUACAGCG